UGCGGAGUCGGCCGACCCGAGUCGACGACCGACGACCCGGCAGCAGUGGAGUCCGACCGGAUCGUCGGCGGGCGACCCGUCCCCGACCAGGCCAACUACUCAUGGAUGGCCUGGAUCGUGAGCAGCCCAGGGGGAUUCUGCGGCGGGGCCCUCAUCAACGAUCGGUACCUUCUCACUUCUUCCAGUUGCGUCUCUGCAGGCCGAUCGGGAUUCUUCUGGGUGACCCUAGGGGACCUGGACAUUUCGAUUUCGUUCGAAAGCCAAUUGAUGCAGACAUCGGCGACGGCCAUCGUGCAUCCUCGGUACGAUCCCGGCACGCGGGAGAACGACGUGGCCCUCCUCAGGCUCGAGACGCCGGUGGACUUCUCGGCCCAUCCGCACAUCCGCCCCUUGUGCCUCUCGUCCGGCGUCGACCCCGCCGUCGGGACGAGACUGAUCAUCUCGGGAUGGGGACACACUGCGGGAAGUGACUCUGGUAACUCGGGGGAAUUGCUGGAAGCGACGACGUACGUGAUCAGUCAAGAAUCUUGCCGGGAAAAUUUUGGUUCGAACAUCACCGAAAACUUUAUCUGCACCCAGUCGGCAGGGAAAAAUAUUUGUUUCGGUGAUUGUGGUGGACCGCUGAUGUACCGAAAUCCGGCCGGAUAUUAUGAAAGUGCUGGGAUCGCAUCGUUCUUCGAAUAUCAAUGCUCUGCCGAGUACGGCGGUGUCUUCGCUAAAACGGCUAAUUACGUAGAGGACUUCAUCAAGGGCAACACCAAGGACGCCCAGUGGUGUCAGACCCCGAGCGGCGUCCAUCGCCAUCAUUCUUCCCUGCGGCUUCGUCUCUUCUGGUUUUUGCUCCUCGCUUCCUCAGCCUGGAAA